AUGCGUCGAUUAGUGUCCAGUCGUUUGGAAGAUAUUCGAGAUAGUUUUGAAGAAGAACUUCAAGAGACGAAAUUGAUGAAAAAACCGUUUCAAAGUAGUGAAAAAUGGACUGAUAGCGAGGAUGAAGACGAUGUUUUCAAUGAAGUUCCUGCAAAAAUACCAAAACGCGUUUGUGAAAAUAAAGGAGCAGUACUAUUGGCUAAAAUGGGAUACGAUGGUGGUGGACUUGGUAAGAGCGGCCAAGGACGCACAGAAUUGAUACCAUUCUCCACGCAACGAGGUCGCGAAGGUUUGGGACAGCCUACGAAUCAGAAAAUUGCUCGGGAUUGGAAUGCAGUUUGGAAUUUUACGGAGGAAGAGAAAGUUGUGGAAGAAGGUGUUCUAUGGUUAUCUGCUCCUGAUGACAUUCGACAGAAAUUCAUAAAAGAACUGCGAGAUCAAAACAAUUGGAUCAUCAUUGGAGAUCGAAAGGAGACAUUGGAUGACGAGUGGAAAUAUUGUGAUAGCAAGUUAAUGAAAAAAAUGUUGGAUGCAAAAUCCGUUUUUGAUCAGCUUGAUGUUCGAGACUUAAAGGAAGCCCGUACCCGAGCAAAUCCAUAUGAAACAAUCGGUUCUGCUUUUUUCCAGAAUCGGGCAGCGAUGAAGAUGGCAAAUUUAGACCGGAUUUACGAUUGGUUAUUAACAGGUGAAAAACUGGAGAGCGUUGAAAUCAAAAAUCCUUUAAAUGUAGAAAUAAAAAAUGAAAAAUGUCGAGUAGCAGUUCCGGGAAAAAAUGCCGAUCGAACGUCGCCUCUAUUUUACUUUGCUGACAUAUGCGCUGGUCCUGGUGGAUUCACGGAAUAUGUAUUGUGGAGAAAGGGUUAUUACAAUGCGAAAGGUUUCGGAAUGACGUUAAAAGGAAAAGAUGAUUUCAAAUUGAAACGUUUCACAGCAGCUUCGCCCUCCUAUUUUGAGCCAUACUAUGGUAAACAUAACGAUGGUGAUGUCACCAAACCGGACAAUAUCACCUCAUUUGAAGAAAUUGUAAAACGUGGUACCAAUAACGUGGGUGUAGAUUUGGUUAUGGCUGACGGUGGAUUUUGUGUUGAUCAGCAAGAAAAUAUUCAGGAAAUUCUAUCAAAACGUCUUUAUCUUUGUCAAUUUUUGAUUGGUAUCUCGGCUUUGCGUGUGAAAGUGCGUAACACGGGAAGUGGUGGAAAAUUUGUUUGCAAAUUAUUCGACAUUUUCACACCGUUUAGUAUCGGUCUGAUUUAUUUGAUGUACUUUGCAUUUGAAAGAAUAUCAAUACACAAACCUAAUACCAGUCGUCCAGCUAAUUCGGAAAGAUAUAUUGUAUGUGAUAAUCCUUUGGGAUGUUACGUCUUAGAAGUGAAAAAAUACAUGACUAAAAUUAACGCUGAAUUGGAUCGAUUGUGGGAAACUAAAGCAUUAGAUGUAAUAGAAGUUGUUCCUGAAAAUAUGAUCCAUUCGGAUAAAAUUUUUAUGGCGUAUAUACUGGAACACAAUGAAAGGACGGUGAAAAGACAAAUAAGUUACUUGAACAAAUAUCGAGUUUUUGCUCAAAAUGUUGGUCAACUGGAUCGAGAUCAAGAAAAACUAAGAAGUGAAUGUUUAAAUUAUUGGAAGAUUCCAGAUGUUACCAAAAAAAAGCCAUAUGAAUCAAAUGAAUCGUUAUUUGCAUCUAUCAGUCGACUUGUCAAGAUUAUCGAUUUUAAAGAAUUGCAACAAAAGCCACCGCCAUUCACGAGAAAUGUUUUAUCGUCCGGAGUAAGUCGGCUGCGAUAUGCCGAAUUACGAAUGUGCGCCGUCACAGAAAAGGAGGUUCCAGUUCUAUUGAUCUCUACCCAAAUGGGUACUUAUUUUUAUUCGUCACACUCUCAGCAAGGCUUCGAAAGAAUUCCCUUCGAUGUUAAUAUACCAAAAGAUACGGUGUUGCUUGUACAAAUUACUAAAGCCUACAAAGGGUUGGACGAAAAAGGAAGAUUAGAAGGUGAGCAAGCAGCAAUUCGAAUUCUUGAUGCAGCAUUGUUAAAUGGUGAUGAUGUUUCCGCGCUUCCUUUCGAUGGAAGAAUGGCAGCAGUUGAAAAGAUGUGUAAAGCUAUUAAAUUUACGUAUGAAAUAUCUGAUAGAAAACUUGCACCAGUUUUUCCUGCAAAAGUAUUUAUGCUUGAUGAACUUCAUUCUGAGAUGCAGCGAUUCCACGUUGUCUUUGCAAAAGGUGAAGAAGUUGCAGUGAUUGAAGAGGGUGACGAUUGUCGUGGACAAAGUCAUGGAAAAUUGUACGCAUUCAAUCCGACUUUACAAGGAUCAUCCGUUUUUAGCGAACAGUUCGAGAAAGCGCAAUGUUGUGUAAAUUUCUGGAAGGCAGUUAUUGCAAAGAAACAUUCAUCGAAUAGUACUGAUGCGUCUAAAAAUGACUGCUAUCAAUGGUUCUGGGAAUGGACACAAAGCUUUAUGGUUGGUGGAGAUUAUGGGCCAAGAGCAGUACUAGAAGCAGAAGAGCAUCCAGGAGGACUUACAAUACGAUCUUUGCACACCAUUAUUCAGCAGCAGAAAGAUAGUGUUUGUCAUAAGCAUUCACUGUAA